GGAGGAGGAUGUGCUACUUUUCUCAAUUCAAACUCUUAGUUAUUUUCCAUUGGAAUAGUGAAGUGUAGUGCCUUGAAGGGGAUAAUAAUACUAGAUAGAGUACCGUGAUGUGGGUACGUGAUUGUAGUGAGGACAACUACGCCACUGUAGAGCUUUUACAUGGUAGAUGGACUUGAGUUAAUAAGAAAAAGGCUGGAAAAGUUGAUUGAAGAUCUCUGUUGCAAUGGCGGCUGAGACGAUGUCAGCCGGGAGCGACCUGCUGGUGGACCGGUUGUGGUUGGCAGGCAUCGAUAUGCUGGAACUGGAUCCGGAGGCAGAGUGGUGCCAAGAGGGUCCGACUCUCUCCAACGACAUUUGGAAGAAGUUUGAAUUGCUGCUAACACCACCUCGUUCUCCCCUGAGGGACGCGGAAGACCUCAGCAUGAUUCUCAGCUGCAACAUGGAGUUCAACAUGGAUCCUAUACCCAGCUCCCUCGAGCUGCCACUGAUGGAAGACGAUGAUGAAAUAUACGUCGAUUUAGAGUCUAUAGGCUUGAUGGAAAGCGGGUUGAACGGUGUACCUUGUGCUCAUGGACUAGGACGAGGCACUUGUACCAGCUGUACGCAGCUGGCACUUGCUGGUUCCGAGCUGAGACAUGACUGCAUGUGGGUAGGCACUUGUACUGCUGAGGCCCACAGUCACACACACUACCAUCACCCCCGCACACACAAGGACUCCGGCUCACAGAUAACAGAACUUCUCAUGGAUUCUUCUUCAGAAGCGACACCUGACGUAGCCGCAGGUUUCACUUACAUAGCUGACCUACACGCUGUCGACGACGUUGUAAACACACACGAUGACGAGGAAGUUAGUCUGCACCACCAGUUCUCCACUCACCACACCGCACGUCCAGACACUCCCUCUGAGUCCUCUGAAACAGACACGGACGAAGACAAUGACGAUGACCAAGGCAGCGAAGAGUACCAUGCCUACCACCGGGAAGAAACAAGUUUAACUGGAGUACACGUCGACCACUGCUACCACGCCUUGAGAGUACCAUCACCUACCGCAUCUUUAUCACCAUCGUCUUCAAAUGGUCACUACAGCGGCUCCUCGUUUCCACACACUCCCUCAGACUCUGAAGAUGAGAUUGAUGUUGUGAGCGUCGGCAGCCCAAACAGUGUCUACUCAAGCAGUUCCAACACAAGUUCCAGCAGGCGACAAAACAACACCACCUUCAUCACCACCACUACUAGUGGUAUGAAAAAGGUGGUCAAGGUGCGUGGUGGCAUCCUUCCUGUCAAACCCACAAAGCGCAUGAGGAAGCGACUACAGCAAGCAGUGGCAGAAGGUGUUAAGAGAAAACCCGCAGCUGCACCUGAUCUCGUGCGUGGUAAUGUUGUGGUGCUCCGAAGGGUGGGCAUUUCUACUACAACCAAGACUCCCAAGCGAAUUUUGAGGCAUGUUCCACAGAAGGCCAAGGCAUUGAGGUCGGACUCGCAUGACCCAGAGAAACGAGAGAUGCACAAUUCCCUAGAGCGCUUGAGGAGAGUAGAUCUCCGUAAUUCAUUUGAAGAACUACGGUUACUUGUCCCAGAAAUACAAGAUCGUGAGAAGGCCCCUAAAGUGGAGAUCCUAAGGAAUGCAUCUCAGUACUGUCAUACUAUCACUAUAAAAGAACAAUCCUUAGUGCAGGAGAAGGCAAAACUCACACAAUACCAAAAGAAACUACGUGAACGGUUACAAACUUUACAGAGACAACGACGCUAAUUAAUUCCUGAACACAUUAGUCAUGCUAGGUAUUGGUGGGGUGAACCUGAGGAUAUACCUCAGACCACAGUGGUGCCUGCAAAAGGUCAUUGUCAUGCUGCUGCUCCAAAGUGAAGUGUAGAAUUAUAAUUUUAGAUUGUUGUAUGUGUGUGUGUGUAUGCUCGGGGCGACUUAAUGCUUCUGGAGUGUUAAAUGUCACAGUUGAUAUAUUUUUGAGUUGAAAGGGAGCAGCAGCAUGCCAAAGGCCUUUAGCUUACUUUUUAGAGAGGGUUAAAUUUACAAAGUGUACAUAUAGUAAAUUUUUGACCAGGCUUGUGUUCCUGGACUGAGUUGUGAAGCUUAUUAGAAGCAGCACAAGUCCAAUGCAGCUUAACCUAAAUGUUUGGUCAUCUCAAGAAGAGAAUUUGAUGAACACAAAGGCUUACGUAGCCAUUUUGUGCAGCACUUGUAUUUAAUUUUUUAUGAAUCUAUUACAUAACCAGUGUACAUAGGAGUUUGAACUUAGUAUUGUAUGUGUAAAUCAAAUGUGUGUAAUAGAAGUUGACUAUGAAUUAUUCUAUUUAGUGUUUAGGGUUUGGUCACGGAUGUACCUUUCAUUGGCAACCUCUCUGUGUGCAGGGAGUUUAUACAUGUGUAAAAUAGUUACUGAAUAAUUUGUGAUAUAUGUAUUAUAGGUAUUUUGUGGUGGCUUGGCAGGCUGGUGGGUGGGGGGCCUGGCAGAGGAAAAGUUACGCAGCUCAGACUGCAGACAACAAGCACUAUACAAUAUUUUCCAGCAUGUAAGACGAUGUUUCUAAGCAGUUGUAACGUUAGUAAAAAACUGCUAAAGUGUAACCCAAAGCCUACCCUCGACCCUGACCUUCAGCAUAUUAGGCACAGACUGAUUUUCCAAGAUUUUUUGUGGGAAAAAAAAAAAAAGUGCGCUUUAUAUGCCCGAAAAUACUGUAUGUAUACACGUCCACCAACUAAGAUAAAUUUGUCCCAUAAUUAAUUAUUUACUGCAUCUGUCGACCUGUAUAUGCGGUAUCCUCACGUUAUUUCGAAUCUAAUGUAAAUUUAGCUUGUUGCUAUAUUCAUGGGCACAUGCUCAACCUGUAGCAGUUAUACAGUACCAGGGGAAUGGGUGGAUAUCUUCAGUUUUUUGGAUCAAAAUGCCCCCCUUUCCUGUCCUGCAGGUUUCUAAACUGCAGUAGUCUCGUAUCCGCGGAUACUGGGGUUCUGCUGUACGUAUUACAAUUUCAUUGUAAGAAUAUUGCUAUUAUAUGGCAGUGUUCAGUCACCGCCAGUACGGUUAAGUAACACAAUCAACUUAGUAGUAAACAAGUACACAUAACCUUACAAGAUCAAGUUUUAUGUUAAUUUAUGCUUGAAUAAACGUGAGGUAACUAUGCCAAAACUGAUGAGGAAGACGGUGUAGCCGAGAUUUUCUGUGGAUAUUUUGCCCUUCAUGAAGGUCCAUUGGUCCAUCUUAUUGUCCCUCAUGACGGUCCGUUGGUACAUCAUAUUAUCCCUCGUGAAGGUCUGUUGGUCCAUAUUGUUUCUUGUUAAUACACUCAAAUGUAGUUCAUAUUAGUAAUUAUAAUGUAAAUUUUCUUUUGCAAUUGUAUAUUUCCUAGAGUCCAGUAAUUAUGUUUUUAGUGAUUAGUGUUUAAUUCAUUUCAUAGACUAUUGUGGUUACUGUUAACAAAUUUUUUUCUACUAGUGGUUUUGGUUGAGUUUUGCCUUUUGCUUGAUGAAGAAAUAUAUUAAGCCCAUAGCCAGGCUCUGGGAGUAGAAAAACUUGCAAAACUCAUAAAUUUACUGCAUUUACUGCAUUUUCUCUUAUGUCCAUGCAUCAUCCUGAUAACAUUAACCUAUAACAAGGCCGUUAAAAUGUCAAAAAUCAGGUUUAACAUAUAAACUUGUGUAAAUAUUUAUUCUUUCAUUUUUGUGAUACGUAAUGUAUAUAUAUAUAUACAUGUAUAUAAUAUAUAUAAGUCCAUGAUUUUUGUAUGGGCAUAUACACGUUGCCAUUUUGUUUACAAGAGGGUAGCAUUGCCAUGUAGGCUAGAACUGUUGGACAACAACAUUUGCCGACAAAUGUGGUUAAAAAAGGCACCCUGUGUCUGCAAGCCUUUAUUAUAUUCAUAUGAAUAUAAUAAUUUAUGGAUGUCGUUUUGCUCGAAGUGAAGCUCUGUUGGGUCAUUGAUUUUUGCAAAACUCUACUUGGAGCGAAAUGUUGUUUAUACAUAAAAGUUUGCACUGGGCAUAGUGUGUGGCCUAUUUUUGUUUUUUUUUCCAUAUUCUAGAACUACUCACCGCUCUGCCUAUCCUGUGUGUUGCCAUGACUAGGAUUAAGUGUAGCAUAAUUGCACUGUGCAUUACAUCUUCACCACCACCACUACUGCUACUGCCAUUUCUGGCACCACCACAACCAUCAUCAUCAUACACAAUAUUUCGUCCCAUCUCUGUCCAUCCCUGUCUUUUCUGCUACAUAUCUCACAAAUACCUGUCCAUCUAACCACUACAGAGUGCGGCACAGGUCGCUUCACCAAAAAUUUUAAUUUUUAGACUUGUCUGCACUGAUUUGGACACAAUUCAGUGUAGAAAAUUAUAAGAAUAUCUAUUCUCGUUAAAGCAGAUCAUUCCUCGGCCUAUGUGUCUCCCCCCUCCCCACACACACACACUUACCAUAAGCUUAUCCUGCAGUAAUUUUUGUUCUGCAUUCGUCUCGUAUCUCGUCAUUUUGACCUAAGUCAUCUUUCCCUAAACUUGUUCAUCCUUAUAAAUAUACAAUUCAUUCACUGCAGAAUAUUUAACAUGAUCAGUAUACACUUCACUGCUGCAUAUUUAACAUGAUCAGUAUACACUUCAUUCACUGCUAAAUAUUUAACAUCAUGCCCAUUCACUCAUGUGUAAAUUAUCCGUAUCCUCUCAUAAUACUGAAGAAAGACUAGUGAAUGCCUCUUGUUUCAGCAUUCACUGAACCACCAUCAUUCCUCGCAUUCAACGUUGAUUAGCUCGCACUACCUUCCUUAACUAUUAACCAAGAGCCAGUAGUUGGAAAUCUGCAUUGCAAAUCAGUCAUUUCAACUCUCCAAGGGGUAACAAAUAUUAUCCUGUUUAAACUGGGCAAGUGUAAUACCGCUCCAUGGUAGGGCAUUAUAGCUGCUCUGUAAGAUGGGCAGUAACCCCGACACGUAACAGACCCAAGACGCGUCGACAGUCAGCCUCUGUUGAAACAUUUUGCCCUCGUUGGGCAAAAGUCUAUAAUAUAGGCUUUAAUCUGUCUGUUUUUUUUUUUAUCAUAGUUUCUGUUGAGAUGUUUGGCAACUUUAAUUUUAACUUCAAAGAAUUUUUUUUUUUUUUUGUAAACAUUAUAAGUAGUUUUUUCCAAAGCAUACCACUUUUUGUACAUAGCUUUUUUUAUUAUGCUUUUUAUAUUUUUAUUUGCUAUCAAAAUUGUAUAUUACCUUAUUUGUUGCAUACAAAUUAUGUAUGUUUAUUGGUAUUUCAAUGGUAUUUUAUUUGGUCCUUUAUUUGUAUUAUAUAUUGAGGAGUACACAGCCAUUGUGUGAAAAGGAAUUUCAAAGGCACUGCUGGAGAUGUGUGGGUAUGAUUUUUUUUUACAUGCAUUAUGCCUGUGUUUGGUUUUGAGGGUUUUUGUGCCCUCUUGGGGGUCGGCCUGAGGCUAGGCUUCCUUGUUGAUGCCCUCGUCAGCCAGACUGUUGGUGCUAGUGGCAUGCUGUUUGAAAACUGUCAAGCUGAAAUGCACUGAGACACUAUUGCAGUGUGGAAGCCGUGUAUAACAGUGUUUCAUUAGCUCCAUUGUCAUGCACUGUUUCUUUACUGCAUUAAGGUGUCUCGUUUUAGUUCGGUUGUUGCUGCUAGCAGCCUGCAGGCCAUAAGAACUGAAGGGAUACAGUGGAACUCUGGUGUUUGAACUUAAUUGGUUCCUAGGUGGUGUUGGAACUGCAAAAAUUUCAAUGUUCAGAAUAGUAUUUCCUCAUUAUUUCCUCACUACAGGAUGUUGAACUGUUACAAAAGUCUCUAAGAGUUAGGUCAGUGUCAGAAAUCACUUCAAGCACUUUCGGAAUGGGGCUUUCCCGCAAUUCAAUGCAUUUGGACUCCAGAAAAAGAUUCAAAGACCGGGUCAUUUUUUUCUGAACAAAAUUGUCCAGACUUGGGUUUGUUCGAGGUCCGGCACAUUCGAACAAAGAGGUCCCACUGUACCUCCUUCCAAGGAUACCUCAGACUGGUAUACAUGAGGUAUAUAAUUAACUGUCACAGUGUAACAUGGAUGUAAGCUGGUGCCUGAGAGUAGUUUCAAUGUUAGUGUUCCACAAGAUUUUUUUUUUUUUUUAAGUAUAUCUUGGAGAGUGGCAUUUGUAUUUGAACCAAGCCAGAGGAAGACUAUCAAAGUUCCAAUCAUCUUUAAUUGUGAAGAUAAAGUCGAGUAUUUUAAGCCUAAAACAUAUGCUAUUUUGACGUGGUUUCAGUCUCCCAUCCUCAGAUACCUAUUUCUGUCACCUAUUUAUCAUUUGGCCCAAAGUUAAUUUAUUUUGUAUGUUAAUACACGCCUCCCAUUUUGGUAGGGAGGGAACUCAUUUUAACAUGUUAACCACCACCACCAUCUUAGGUCUUAAGGAAGAGGAAGUAGUUACUGCUCAAUUUUUUCUCACUAAGCAUUAUUUUUGUACGAAAAUCUUCCAAAAAAUAAAAAAUUCAAAAAUAUUUAUACGGCAUCACUAUGAAAUGUGUUACCCAUGUGUUGCGUCCCAUGAAGUUCUUAAUGCCUUGACAAAGUUUUCCAAACAAAAAAUUUUUUUUACAUAAUUUACCUGGAAUAGAUUUUGUGUCCCAUAUUGUUUGAGUCAACUGGAGUUAAGUGAAGUCCCAGAGAGUUUGGCCUCGUUUAAUACAGGAUAUUUUCUGUGUUUUUUAUAACUGUAUAUUUCAGUUCAAAGUUUAAAUAGUAGCAAAAUUUUGGACUUUGUUCAUUUUUCUAAUGCAUAUAAUCAGUUUUUUUUUAUUUAGUUUUUAACAUAGGGGACGAUAUCUUGGCGCUCAGGUUUGUCAUGUAACCAACUAAGUUCUUUAUUAAAAAUUUAUUAUAA